AUGAUAGUCCGCAUUCAAACAAGGGAAGGCCAGGCUCGAGUCGAAGUAGAUCCUUCUGAAACCCUUGAGGCGCUUGCAGCAAAGCUCCAGCAACAACUCCCUACGAUCAAACAGUUCAAGCUGAGCAGAGACCCUUCACACAAAGACUAUCUUGGCCCGGCAGAGGCAACUUUGUCUUCUUUGCGAAUUCAACAUGGAGACAGAAUUUUUGCUCAGCAUGAAGAAUCACCUCCAAGUGUACCCCAUGAACCGGAGGCAAUGACACAUAUGGUUGGAAAUUCUCUUUCUGGAGAGAAGGUGGUGGAAAUUCUGGAUACAGUGCCAAGAGAACAUAAGAAGAAAAUUUCCGACAUUGUCUUGGAUCAAGUUGAUCUUGAAUUGACUAAGAUGGACGGAAGAGAAAAGCUAAAAUCUACCUCGAGACGAAGUUUUGGUGAUGAGAGCAUCGAUACAAUGGCUGUUGAACCAUAUGAUGAGAGACUUUUAAAGGAAAAGGACGUCAAAUUGAUGUCGUUUCACGCUUAUUUGAGGAAACUUAAAUCUCAUUCUGGUGGAGGAAAAUUCUCAGAGUUGAAGCGUCAUGAUUUCGGUAGUUACGGUGAAGCUGGAGGAAAGACAGGCACUGAAAAGGGCUGGGGUGAAAGGACCGUCAGCAUGAGCAGACUGCCCAAGCCGAUGACACUGGAUAGACAAAAGUAUCGACAUGUUGAUCGAGUGGAGAUAGAAGAUCCACAGAUUCUUGACAAGUUCUUGGAUGCUUGGAGGCAGACUGGAGCCAUGCGAUAUGGAUAUUUGUAUGGAACCUAUGAAGUGGAUACAAACGUUCCUCUAGGCAUCAAGGCGGUUGUCAAGGCCAUUUAUGAGCCACCCCAAGAAUGUGCAGCGGAUGGUGUAAAUAUGUUGAGGGAUCCGUAUUCUGAUGCGAUCGAUUCGACUGCUGCCAUGCUGGGACUAGUCAAAGUUGGCUGGAUUUUCAUCGAUCUUGAAGUGAUGGCUGAUGAUCACAACAAAUACGUCUGCUCUCGAGGAAAAGACACCUACUUCUUAAGAUCAAACGAAUGUAUUAUAGCUGCCAGACUUCAAAAUAUGAAUCCGUCCAAAUGUCUGGAAUGUGAUGACCUGGAAUUUGGUUCAAAAUUUGUAACGGUCGUUGUGACUGGAAAUGAGAAGAACGAGCUGGACUAUGUUGCUUAUCAGGUUUCUCAACAAGGCAUGGAUUUGGAGCGAGCUGAAGGAAUUCUGGAAUAUACCGCAAAGCCUAAUCUUUGUCGUGUAGCCCAAUCAACUCCCGACAGAUAUGUUCCAGCGAUAUUCUACCAAGACGUCAGUGAGUUUGGAAAUAAGAUGGUGCAUGAGGCCAAGCCUUAUUUUCCUGUCGACUAUCUUGUGGUCAGUGUCAAUGGCCCCACAUUUCCCCAACAAGCCAACCCGCUUUUCAAGAGAAAUUUUCCAAUAGAAAACAGAAUGUACGCUCCACAGACGCUUGAGGCGCUCAAAGCACAUCUGAACUCCCCGGACAACAAGCCUUUCCGCCCCACUGGGCAGCUCAAGACCAUCUCCGACUUUCAUCUCAUUGUGUACCUGGCCACUCACCCAGGACUGUUCUCUUCUCAUAGUGAUGAGGGCCUUCGGAUUUUGUGCGAGGCAGUGAAGGAGAGAGACUCGAACAAAGCAUCUGAAUUCAUGCAGUCUCCAGCGUGGCAGAAUGUUCUACGCAUGAUCGAUAACGACAAGAACCUUUCCAGCGGCGAUACAGAAAUGGCAGGUGCCGAGUUUGGGACGAGCAUUGGCGCAGCUCGAUCAGGUGCGAUGAGCUCCAGUCGGCCAGCGACGGCAAGCAGCGCUGCUCAGUAUGAGGAGCAAGCUGAUCAAUUGGAGAUGAUGGGCUUCGAUCGGAACCGUGCUUUAGAGAUCUUGAACAUUGUGCACGGGAACAUCGAGACGGCCAUAGAGAUGUUGUCUGGAUCAUGA